AGCACUGCAGAGGUGCAUCAAAGCCUUCUCCUUGCAGCCCAGCAUCCUCAGAAGGUGUGUCAGCUGCACCAUGAAAUCACAGCCUGCAGGAAUUGCCCCACUCUCCAGUAAUGGUUGUGCUCCAGAAGGAACAGAAAUGUGUUGGGACUUUGUUUACCCUUGGGAUUGAGCACCUCUGGUUACCUGGGCAAUCUCUGCAGCUCCAUGCCCAGAGCCCACAUGAUGACACUUGGUCCUGAGGAGCUCCUGGUGGCACCCAGCCUUCUCCUGCCUGUCAGUGUGCCUGCCCUGGCACACCUGGUGCUUGGUUUUUCCUCAAAGAGACGCUCCCCUGCCACCCUGCCCUUGCUCUCUGAGUUUACUGCAGAGUUAAACUGGCUUGCUCCAGCUCGGCAUGGUGUGCCAGCGUGCUGUGCUGUGCAAAUCUCACUCUGGCUGGCUGUGACAUCACCUGCAGUUUAUUUCAGGUGCUCUGAAGUGAAAAAAAUACCCACAGUCCACGGCCAAGAGCACUGGGUGAAGCCCGAGGAAAGAUGGACACAGUGAUGCAGCCGAGGCACCGAGAGGAUUCCCGUCCUGUGAAGUGUGACAAACCUGGGACAAGCCAGGGUGACAAAGCUGCCGGGCGGGGCUGCCAUGCCAUGCCAGUGCACUCAGCUGCCUGCAGGCUGCACUGCCACCCCACCGAUGGCACUGCCACCCCAGCCUGGACAGGCACACACGGGAGGCAAUGAUGCUGGCUUAUCUAGAGCUGAUAACACCGCCAGCAUCAGGGAGAGGUCCCUGUGUGACCCUGCAGGAGCCGCUCUGGCAGCCACACUCGCACCACCAAAAUCCCCUGGCAGCCACCCCACACUCACACAGGCACCCCUGCUUUCCUCACCAGCUCAACACAAGGUUUCCUGUGGCAUCUCAGAUGUCUUUUAGAAGCUGCCAUCUACAAGAGCUCAAGCUGGAGCUGGCACUGCUGAGCACGGCUGGCACUGAAUGUGUUCAUCAAUUCUGUGUUCAUCCUGCCCAGGCAGCACAUCCCUCUGCUCUCAGGAAACCUGCAUGGCCACUUCCUACCCCUGGGCUCUGCUCUUUCAGGAUUUGUGAUGUCUGUGCAUCUGUGUUCUGCUUUCCUUAACAGGCAGUUAUGUAUUGUGCCUGGAUGGAUGGCAUGAAUUGGUACCAGGGACGACUGAGAGAGGCUCUCAUGGCUGGGAGAAGGCUGGCCUGGUGAUUAUCUCCUUGCAGAAGUUUGGUGUCCCUCCUUGUAGCCCUCACAGAACUCUUCAAAGCCAUUCCUGACCCACAUUCAGGAUCUCUUUCAAGAAGUGACAUUGUGGCACUCAUGGAAGUGAGUGAAAUCUGUCUUAGGAUGUUUCCUUCAGGUUUGUGAAGACUUCAGGAAAUCCACUCCAGGUGAAUACAAGAAAAAUUGUGGGAAGCCUGUAGAUUGCACACUGUGCUGUAAUGUGCACCAGUGCAUUGGGAUCUGGCAUCCAACUCCUGACUUCAGCAUUUGAAGACUAAUUGUUGAAGGGAAAACCUGAAUAGUCUGGAGAAAUAAAUGAAAAUGGAGAUUUGUACUUGAAGAAGUCUUGAUUUGCAAAUCUGGGAGAAAUUAUGUUUACAGAAGGAAUUCAGAAGUAUUGUUUUAUAUGUUAGGUACUGUACUAAUAAAGUGUCCCUUGUAAAUACCAAAAACACGACCCUCAGCUAUUAGAGAGACAAGGAAAAUAACCUUGAGGGUAGCUUUAUCUCCAGCAUCAACUGCACGCCCAGAUGUUUCUUUUCCAUCUCUUACCCUUCAGCAUUGAUUUAUGCAACUUUUCAGAAGAUUAGGUCAGAAAGGAGGUGUGAAAAAAAGAUAAUAAAGAAUGAUUUCGUUUUCUUCAAGAUGAAAGCCACCUGAAUUCCAAUCACUUAUAGUACUGUUUUCAUUGUUGUACACCAGACUUGUGUCUGGAUGACAUUUUGCUGUAACAAUGAUGUGAUAGAUGUGAUGUGAUGUGAUGCAAAAUCUUCCAUAGGAGAGUACCUCAUCUACUGUGUCAGCUGAAGUUUCCAACAAUUAAUUUUCAACAAGUUAAUUCAGUGUUUGACCAAAGUAUGAAAAAUUCUAUUUUAUCAACAAAAGUGAGCAUCUUUCUUCAUUGUCCCGGAAAGAUUCCACUGGAAGGUGAAAUCAGAGCAGAGGAUGACUCAGUACAACCAUUCAGCACAGUUCUCUCUCCAGAGCUCAGCAAAUAAAUCAUUAAAUGUCACUGAAACACCUCUGUCUUGGGAUGAAAGGACACUCUUGGGGCUGAAGAUUUCCCUGUCAAUCCUUCUGGCUGUUAUAACUUUGGCAACGAUCCUUGCAAAUGUUUUUGUUGUUAUUACCAUUUUUCUGACUAGAAAGCUCCACACUCCUGCAAAUUACCUCAUUGGCUCCUUGGCAGUGACUGAUCUCUUGGUGUCUGUGCUGGUGAUGCCCGUCAGCAUCGCCUACACUGUCACCCACACGUGGGCCUUUGGCCAGCUGCUGUGUGACAUCUGGCUGUCAUCAGACAUCACGUGCUGCACGGCCUCCAUCCUGCACCUCUGUGUCAUUGCCCUGGACAGGUACUGGGCUAUCACAGACGCUCUGGAGUACACCAAACGCCGCACUGCUGGCCGGGCAGCCCUCAUGAUAGCCGUGGUCUGGAUGAUAUCUAUCAGUAUCUCCGUGCCACCGUUUUUCUGGAGGCAAGUGAAAGCUCAUGAAGAAAUUGCAAAGUGCGCUGUAAACACAGAGCAAAUUUCCUACACGAUUUAUUCUACUUGUGGAGCUUUCUACAUCCCAACCGUGCUCCUCCUGAUAUUGUAUGGGAGAAUUUAUGUAGCAGCUCGAUCCAGGAUUCUGAAGCCACCCUCGUUAUAUGGCAAACGUUUCACUACUGCACACCUGAUCACUGGUUCUGCAGGCUCUUCCCUCUGCUCCAUUAAUGCUAGCCUCCAUGAAGGGCAUGCCCAUUCAGGUGCAUCCCCAAUAUUUCUCGGUCAUGUUAAAAUAAAACUUGCAGAUAGUGCGCUGGAAAGGAAAAGAAUUUCUGCUGCGAGAGAAAGGAAAGCUACCAAAACUUUAGGCAUUAUUCUGGGAGCUUUCAUUAUCUGCUGGCUGCCUUUUUUUGUCAUAUCCCUAGUCCUGCCAAUCUGCCAAGAUGCCUGUUGGUUUCAUCCCAUCCUACUGGACUUUUUUACCUGGUUGGGUUACCUAAACUCAUUAAUUAAUCCAGUAAUUUAUACAGCUUUUAAUGAAGAAUUUAAACAGGCUUUCCAAAAAAUAAUACUUUUCAAAAAGUCUUCCUCUUGAGACUCUCCUCCUGUGUAAGUGACCCUUGUGCAAUCUCACAGCCUACCUGAAACUGUCCAUGCUUUUAUUCCUAAGGAACAGAGUGGUAAUUGCCAUCUCUGCUGCUACCCUGUUCUGUGCAUGUAACUGGGAAUUUCUUGCCAAUUUGAUAUUUUCUGUCUGGGAUUGUACAUGCCAUCACAGAACUUGUCCAUGGUCUCUGCAGUGAUCAUGUGUGUAUGUAAGAUCAAUGACACAUGAAAUAAGCUUUGCAGCCAGGCAAGGUGUGUGAACCAGGGAGUUUGUCUCGUGGGAUGAGGUGACACAUUACCCUGAUGGGAGGAAAUUGUGUGUGUAUUUACAAGACCUUAGUAUUUCUGCUGUAUAUUAUUAUCCAUUUAUGUCAGCUGAGAGAAAUUCUGGAGAGCAGGAUCUGAUACUUGUAUUUUCUACAGCAUGUAUCUUACCCAUGUGAAGCUGAUAAAACCUGUAGCUCUUUCAGAUGUGUGACACAGCCUGACUAUAAUCAGCAGCAGGGCAGAGCAGCAUAGCACAGAUGUAAGUUGUGUGGAUAUUUCACAAAUGCUGCAUCUGAAGCUAUACUUUUGGUGAAGUGUAGAAAGGAGACAAUUUAGUUGAAUUGGUUAUUACAUUUUAUCAUUAAUAGAACAGCCAGUAAAGAAAUGCUACAAAAUAAAUAGCAUGAAAAUGA